UCCACGUUAUUUUGUCCUGGACGAGCAUGGCCCCAGCCUCCAUUCAAGUGGCUGCCAGUUCUGUCCUCCCUCAGACCUAAACACAGCCGCAUCCAACAUGAAAUUCAAAAAGGGCCUUUCUUGGCCACAUUCUAUCGUGUUCACUUUGUGGCCUCCAAGCGGAUACAUUGAGUCCAAUGUCACCUAAGAAAAGCAGCAGAUUACGAGCACAGUCCAACCCUCUCAACCCCCAGAUACAGAGAGAUGGAUUCUUCGACUCCAGCAUUCAUCCCUAUCCACACCCGACAGCCGCAUCAUAGUGAACAUGACUUUAUGAGUUAUUCGGAUUCGGCCUACGGGUCAGCCAGUGAAUCAUGUAACCCGGCAACUCACGACGUUAGUCGUGUUAGCUACCAUGUCAGGCAUCUGGAAACCUUUGCUCAAGCCCUCGAAGAUUCGGCCAAUCGGGCAUUUCCCACCACCUCAUCUUCACAGCAAAGGUACACUAAAGUCCAAGCUCUAUUUCUACAUUGGGCCUGUGACGACUUGUUCGUGUUGCCCGAGCUGGAGGAUCUGGAAAAAAGUUUUCGAGAAGAUUACCGUUACGACACCGAUAUCUUCGCCAUCCCAACCGAGAACUCCCAUCUCGAACUAAUGCUCAAGAUUGGCGACAUGAUUAAACAACAUGAGGACAAGAAGACCCUCUUCAUUGUCUACUACGGAGGCCAUGCCCGGAUUGACGAUUCGCGCCAGAGUACGUGGUGUGCGACACGGAAUCCGAACUCCCCAUGGCUGCAGUGGUCCGCAAUUCAGACACUCCUCGAAAGAUCCCCCUCUGAUGUCUUGAUUCUUCUUGACUGCUGCGCAGGGGCAGCUAGUGCCACCUUCUCAAGUGGCCAAAGCAUAACUGAAACCAUUUCAGCAUCAACUUGGGAUGCUAUUGCCCCUAACCCAGGCCGAUACUCUUUCACCAAUGCCUUGAUUGAAGUCCUUCAGGAAUGGCGACACAGAACCUUUUCGGCUGCAAUGUUACAUGCCGAGAUUCUCGCACGUCUGAAACAUCCCAGACCAGUUCUGAUCAACGGCAAACACUUUGAAUCCAGGUCAACGCCUGUGCAUUUCAUGAUGACGUCCAACCACAAAGCACCGAGCAUAGAGAUUGGCCGACUUGUUCCGGAUUCCAGACGCUCACUAUCACCGUAUCAGCAGCAGCAUGUCGUUACCAGUCCACGACAAGACGACUGGCCGUUGUCACCACGAUCAACAUGUCCAUAUCUCCCUGGCAUGUCUGCUCCGAUGAUUGGUGAGCCAAACGAAGACGAGCCUCAUGUCAUGAUCUCAUUAGCUCUUGAAGGUGACCAGGGAUUGGACUUCAGUGCUUGGGAGCAGUGGUUAGCCGGCUUUCCAGCCAUCGCCAAGUACGUUAAAGUCCAAGGAGUCUUCAAAAGCCAUUCAACAUUGCUACUACUCUCGUUGCCUAUCAUGAUUUGGGAUCUUCUUCCGGAUGACCCAGCGUGUUCCUUUAUAGCGUUCAUCAGGUCCAACAAUCUGUGCCGUGAACUGAGCACAACAAAAUCGCCGCACGAAAACGAGGUGACUGCCAGGAACGAAGAAGAUGAGCAUCAGGCGAUGGAUGCUGAUACGGAGUCAUUGAUGUCCGAGAUGGCUACGAAUUACCCUGGAGACACUCAUCGAACUGAUGUUCAAGCAGCAAGCACACCAGUUUGGCCACCGGAGCAAGUUAGCGAACCUACAGAUCAGGCCCGAGACUUGACUCGAAAGGCGAUUGCUCACUUGGAGGACUGUUUUCGGAAGGACCCGCAGCCGAGUGAAACAAUCAUCGACGUUCAUGCUUUCACUCUCGAUGUGCAUCCAAAUAAAAUCAAAGUCUGGUUUGACCAGCGCCGGCAGCAUGAGCAAACAACCCUCAAUCUCCAGGGUCUUCAUUACCGCAGCUUAACAGACCAGACUCCUGCUACCACAGAAGGCAGUGCUCGCAUGAUCCUUCCAGGCCACCUCAACACAAUUCUCACCAUCUACCCCCACCGAGGCGCUGUCCUUUUACUCGAUCUCCGCUCCUCCACCGACUUUGAAAAGUCACAUAUCUCCUCCGCCAUAAACCUCCGCUGCCCCGUCUCCUUCAUUCAGCAUGCCUCUCUCGAGAUGAUCGAAGACACCUUCACCGACGUCUCAUCUCGCCAUUCCUUCAACAGCUGGUAUCAGUCCCGCUGUGUAGUGCUGUAUGACCGCCGCAUAGAAUUUGACUGGGAAUGCCCCAUUGCCAACGCACUGCUGACCAAAUUCCGCGGAAAUGGCUGGAAGGGCCAGUGUUUUAUCUUGAAGGGCCACUAUAGGGAGUUUGCUGAUAGUUUUGACAAGUGGAUCACCGGCAAAGGGAAGAAUACUGCCGAAUUCAGUUCGGGGAAGUUGCUUGAGAGCGAGACAUUAUAUUACAACGAUGCAACUGAGGAAGAAGAACAGAGACAGAGGAGAGAUAGGGAGUAUGAGCGGUGGCUUAAGGAGUUUGACGAAAGUGGCCAAGGGCUUGGAGGGAGGCGGAUCACCGAGCUAGGCCCGGCCAAGAGAGAGGAGAGGGCCCGGGCCGUGGAUCAGAGACAGAUAGAGCUAGAGAGGGAACUGGAGGCGAGAUUUCCGGCGCUGUGGAGGAAGGUAGUGGCCAUUCGAGGCCAAUGUGAAGGGCGUGCUGCUGGUGAGGGCGAGUCACUUUACAGCCGACAUGGAGGGGGUCCACCAAUUACUAUUCAAAGCGACGAAAUCGGUGGAGGGUCUGUUUCCCCUCCUCAAUCACCGCCUCCUCCGCCAUUCAGCCCAACCGCAGACAUGUCGGUACAAGCUUCUAGCAGCGGCCAAUUCCCAAUGUACGACAAAGCACAACUGGUGGAGCCCUUGGUCAGUGGUCUGCAAAAAAUGCGUGAAGCAAGUGGCUUGAGCUUGGGUCUGAUGAGUCAUGACCCAGCCUUCGCUAUGAAUUCUUCCAGUCAUUCUCAGUUCGCUGGUGAUAGGGGACUCGGCUCUACAUCACACGCAUACGCCCCAGAAAAAGCUGGCUCCUCUGACCAAGGAGGUUUGACGGAUGACUACAAUAACUACUCUGAUGGGGUGGUCGAUCCGGUUUCUGAAAGUUGGCGAGGAUUUGGUGGCGGCAUGGAAAUGGCUAGUGGGGCGGUGUCGCCGAUGCCGCCGGAGUGGCAGGAUGACAGUGUGGUGAGUAGCUAUGGAGGAGCUGGUGAGAUGGCUACUGAGGGUGAGAGGAAAGAUGCGAAAAAGAUGAAGAAGAGGACUCAGUUGCUUUUGUGGGAAAGGUUAAGGGGCGGCGGAUGAUGGAGGCGAAAGAACGUCUUUCUUUCUGUUUGUGUGCUGAAAGAGAUUUUUGUUGGGUGCCGUUUGUAGUCAAAUGUGUUGGUUCAGUUCAUGUCAGCCGUCUUCAAGUGUUGUUAGUAUUCUAUGCAUUCAUCCUACACAUUCAGCUCAGUAUAAUUCCUUCCGCCUCUAUGACAGGCUUGGUCUCA